GAGUCACCAAACUUGGGGUCAAAAAGUUUGAAGCGAAAAUCGGGCUGGACAACCAGGUCAGCAUCGCCAUGUUCAAGAAGCUCCACUUCCGGGAGGUGUCGGUGUGUAAGGUGUUCAGAGAGGUGACCCUCGAGAUGGCGGUGGACGAGUCGGUGCGGACGCGGCUGCUGGAGGACACGUCCCACAUGAAGGACAGAGACUACAGACAGACCUGCAGCAACAGACAGGAACUGGUUUCACAGUGAAGUGAGCUCACACAUCCGAAAGACUUUCACUGGUGAAGGAGUUCACUGCACACUGGGAAAUCUGGGCUUACUGGAGUGUCAUUCAGACUUUUUAGACAUUUACACUCGUCCGCAGGGGUGUGAGGUACAUUUACUGUGUGAGGACCGUUAUUCAGUUUAAGUAUUUUAAUUUCUGUAUGUAUUCCGCCUGUCGGUGGGAAAUGUUGUGCUGUUUUUGUUAAAAGAUUUAUCUGACAGUUGGAGUUUUACACUUUAUGGCCAAAAUUAUGUGGACACCUAAACAUUUCACCUGCAUGUGAUUGUGAAUGAAUUGCAAAAUCAAGGCCCUCACGGUGCCCAGAAGCUCAGUUGGUAGAGCGGAUGCCCCAUGUACGGAGGCUACGUCCUCUCAGCAGCGACUGUGGGUUCAAUUCCAGCCUCGGCCCUUUGCUCCUCCCCUCUCUCUCCCCCUUUAACGCUUAAAACUGUCCUAUCAAAUAAAGACAAAAGGUCCCAAAAGAAAUAAAAAAAUAAAAAAUCAUGACCCUCAAAGAAUUACUCCAAAGCCCAAAAAACAUUUGUAUAUCAAAUACUCCAUGUUACAUUGAAUUUGUGAAGAAAAUGGGGAAAAUUCUCAGCGUAUUGAAGUCGCAGGGGUCCGUGCUGUGUAAUCCAUAUUUCAGUAAUUAAUUUGUGCUCAGUACUUCUCAAACAGACAGCCCUGUCCGACGGGGAACUGAGCUAAAAGUGAAACUUAUCUUCGCUCUGUGCUAAGCCAGACUCUAACGAUAAAAACGUUAAUUUUACCUCACUGAACACAGCAGCUGCUGCUCUGUCGCUGCUCUGUGACUUCGAUGAAUCUGAACUAACCCUUUAAAACUGUGGUUCACGGCCCAAAAGUGGGUCGCCGGUUUAUUCUGAAUGAAGGUGACUCCAGAACAUUUGUGUGUAAAAACACACUUUAUUGUGAAUCUCUGGCACAGGGAUUUUAUUUUGAAGUGCUAUUUCCUGCUUUUCAGCACCUAUGUUCUUGGUAUUACUUAGCCUGUUAACGUGGCUCUUUUUUGUUGCUGUGCUAUUAUUUAUCUACUAAGUUUUAAGUCAUUUCACUUUAUUUUUUCAAUAUAUUAAAUUUCUUUGUGUCCAAAACCCAAAUGUUAUUUACAUUUUUGAAAUAAAAUUGAAUACGGGGUAAUUUCAUUAGUGUGGACCUUGAGCUAAGGACUAAGGACAAAGUCUGGAGCCCGUGGCUGACCAGAUUGACACAAACUGCUUUAAAAACGCCAAAGUCACACAAUAACACAAGUAUACUAACCGAUUGGUGCAGCGGUAGAGCAGUAACUCCCGUGUUCAGUGAGGUAAAAUUCUUGUUUUUGUCAAUGGAGUCUGGUUUGAAGGUCGCGUCGAUAAGUUUCGCUUUUCGUUCGGUUUCCGAUUGGAAAGAGCUGUCAGUUUGGGAACUAAUGAGCAUCAGACUUGAUAAAGGAGACUUUGAUUAUGUGUCAUGAGCUGUGUGAGAUCUUAAACACUGAUCGCAAUGACUUCAAUUCAUCAGGAAAUUUCUUAGUUUUUGGAUUCCUAGUUCACCGGAGGUAUGUGAGGAUGAAUUUACCGUAACAUCAUAACUCUGAUCUGAAAAUUAAUGAAUCUUUGCUGUCUGAAAAAACAGAAAUUAUAUUUGCAUUAGUACAUUUUACUUGAGUAAAAAAAAUCUGACCAUGAAAAAAUUAUAUUUGUAAUGAAGUAUUUUUUCAUUUCUGUGGUUGCAACUUUUUCUGAAUGUCUUCCACUUUAUAGACUGAAGAAACGAGGAAUAACGUGUUAAUUUAUGAGCUCUAGUAAUGCUGAUAGGUGGAUUUUGUUCCCUUCAAACGGAGCCAGGCUGGCUGUUUUCGGUCUUUAUCCUCAGCUCAGCUGCUGUCUGCAUAAAAAAUGGCACACUAUUCCUUUAAAGCACAAACACCUGCUUCUUCGUCCACUUCCUCUGGAGCACUACCACACUAAAAGCCCAGAAACAACAACAGUAUUCAUCUGCUGUAAUUUAGUUGUUUUUACGACAUGUAUCCAUGGAUCCCUCCUCAGUCGCUCUGCCUGAGGUUUCUACCCUUUUUUCCCGUUUUGGGUUUUUAUUAGUUUUCCUCAGAUGUGAGGAUCUUAGGACAGACGGAUGCAAAUUCUGAUUUGUGAUAAUGAGCUUUAUAGGUAAAAUUGAAUUGAAAUUGAAAACUGUUGUGCAAUUUUAAUAACCCGACUAAAUGCUUUUCUGAUGGUUGUCUGAUGGUUUUUAAUGUCGAUUUGUUUCCAGCUGAAGUUUCAGUUUGCAUGCGAGUGAAUCCCUCUAAACUGAAAAAAUAAAACUUCAUUAAAUCGUU